AUGGCGAUUGUGGAGUUUACAAACGAUUUGUCCGGUUUUCGUGAUGCAAUGACUUUUGAGAGUGUUUAUAAUAGCUAUGGCCGUGGGAAAAGACAUUAUUGUGGGGAUCAACUUGGGCUGGGAGGUAUGUACGGAUGGGUUGCGAGGGAGGGUGAUUAUUAUUCGGAUAGUGUUCUUGGGAAAAACUUGAGGAAUAGUGAUUUGAAAACAAUCAAGGACGUUCAAGCUGAAUAUGUAAGGAAGAACGAACAACUUGUCACAAAUUUAGUUCAUUUGGUCGAUGAGAAGAAUGACAACUUGGAACGAGUUAAGCUCGAAUUGAAUGAGAUCAGCUACUCUCUCAAGAACUUGACGGAGAGAUUUGAAUUUCAAAAGCAAGAGCUCAAGAUUCGGAGUGAAGAGUUGGAGAAAGUUAAGGCACAAAGCGAAAGUGACAAAGAGAAAGAGAAACGAAAGAAUGCAAUGAAAAACAGUAAACUUGAAAUGGCAGAAUUGGAGUAUAAAAAAAAUGUAUUAAGGAUGGCUGAAGAGCAAAAGAGAGUGAAAGAGGCACACCUCAGAGAAAGAAUUGAAGAGGAGAAGAAAUUGGAUGCCAAAGAUAAAUUGGAAUUAGAGGUUGAACUGUUGAGAGGGCAAUUGAAAGCCUUGACGUACAUGGCAGAUGAUGAUGCGGACUUGGAGUCGAAGAAGAAGGUAGAAGAAUUAACCAAAGAUUUGAAAGAAGAAAUAUAA